GUAGACUUGUUGCAUCAAAAGAAAAAACAUAAUUUGGAAAUAUGAAGUGUAGUGAUAGUGUAUGCGUUGAACCAGACUUUCACUAUGCAGAAGUUUUCAGCGAAAAAUCUUAAAAUUUAAAUAAAAUCAUUAAUCGAAGUGCAUGAAAAACGAAAGAAUUUUAAAGAAGUUAAAGCAAAGAAAAAUGUGAGAACGUAAUGUGAUAGAUUUCUUCACAUCUUGUAACUGAAGACAGCAGCAACAACAAAACUAAUGUUAAGAGAGCAAGUUGACCCAUGUCACAUAACAAUUAAAACGAGCACUAAUAAGGUAACAGCUUAAAACCGAUCGCUAUAACCGAUAUACAAUCGUUAUAACACGACAGAUAACCGUUACCUAUUGUUGGUAAUUACAAAAGGCGAAACUCUUCCGUUCACUCGUAAAUUUAAUUACUUAUUCGCAACAUAACGAACAGCGGUCUAUAACUCCAACGACACGUCUAGUCUUUCACUUUGUUGCAGCGACAAGUUCACAUACACACACACACCGCUGACAUAAAUAAAGCAUUAAAACGGCUCCCUCCAACACUUAUGACAUAAUGCGCGAGGACGACAUCGAAAUCGCCAUUAAGGUGGUGAUUGUGGGUAACGGCGGUGUUGGGAAAUCGUCGAUGAUACAACGCUAUUGCAAAGGUAUCUUUACCAAGGACUACAAGAAGACGAUUGGUGUGGAUUUUCUCGAACGACAGAUCGAAAUUGACGGUGAAGAUGUGCGUAUAAUGCUAUGGGACACAGCCGGACAAGAGGAGUUCGACGCCAUAACCAAAGCUUACUAUCGUGGUGCGCAGGCGUGUGUGCUCACCUUUAGCACGACAGAUCGCGCCUCAUUCGAGGCCAUCCGCGAUUGGAAGCGUAAAGUGGAAAAUGAAUGCAAUGAGAUACCAACAGUGAUUGUACAGAAUAAAAUCGACCUCAUCGAACAGUCAGUUGUAACCGCAGAUGAAGUGGAAACUCUGGCGCGCAAUUUAAAUUGCCGCCUCAUAAGAACUUCCGUGAAGGAAGACGUGAAUGUGGCAUCCGUUUUCCGCUAUUUGGCAACUAAAUGCCAUCAGCUGAUGCUUGGCGAAAGCACCGAACAGUCGGGUACACAUAAUGGCGGAAUUGGUGGCAGCGGCGCUGCAAAUGGUGGUUCCAGUGGUCAUCAGCCCACAAUUAGUGCCUUCAGUCCGACAUUCACAAAGUCCAAUAGUGGCACGAUCGUUUUGCGAGCAGCCAAAAAGAGUUCAACAGCGCGGAAACGUAAAAUUGUGCUUAAAAAAUGUGGCAUUUUGUGAUUUGCGUGACAACAGCUGGCUGGUGGUGAGCAAUCGGACGAGUAGGGGAUUACAUAUGGACGAGAUGUGAGCAAGAAAACGGGCACGAACACGAUGAGUAAUGGAAUGUUUGUUGAUGGAGGGAAGCUCGUGCUGUUGGCUGAACAUAGCAAAGAUACAGUCUCCCACGGCUACACGGUCAUUGAACCCAACUAACUAUCAUUUGCUGAACUCUUUUUGGCUGCUAGACUGAUGUAUAAAUAUACCUGCAUAUAUGCACACUUGGAAAAUAAUAAAAAUAUUUUAAUUAAAAUUCGAAAGAUAAUCUGUUUUAGAUUUAAAAUUAUAUGUGCAUAUGCUUCUUAGCAAAUGCAUAUGAAAAUUAUAAUUUAUAAUAAUAACUCUUAAUUAUACUUGUUGUAUGCUCACAUAUCUUAUAUUGUUAAUUUAAUAUACUUUAGAACCGAUUUUUGUAUGUGUUUGCUGAAACGAGCGCGUGUUUAUUUUUAGCCUACGAUAUUUUAUAUGAUUAGUCGGUUUGUAUUAUUAUUGAGUGCAUGAGCGUUAAAACCUUUGUUCAUUCUGACCAAUAUUGUAAUAUAUAAUUUAAUAAAUAUGUAUUGUCGUAAAAAAUA